AAUAAAAUAGAAUAUUUAUUAUCAAAUAUCAUCUUAAGAAAGGACUGUGGAUAACACUUUAUGAAUACCGUUUAAAGAUUAGCUAUAUAUAUAUAUAUACAUAUAUACUGUAGUUCAAGCAACGUGUCAUUUAAUUUUCUGAUCUCUUGUCAAAACUCAACAUAUCAUAAUUUUGAGAAAAUAAUAUAUAUAUAUAUAGAUAUAGAUAUAUAUUUAAAAUGUCUGUUACCAGUGGAAUAUCCUUUAUAUUGUCUUCCAUUAUAACCGUACUUUUGUUCUCUGGGAUGCAAAUGUAUCGAGCUUGGUUAACAUCUUCCCAAUUGCAUACCAUUCUUGGUGGUUAUGUUGGAUCAUUAUUAUUUUUAUUUGUAUUAACAGCAUUAGGUAAUUUAGAAGCUACCGUAUUUGGAAAAUCAUUUCAACAGAAAUUAUUUCCAGAAGUUGUCUUCUCAUUAAUAAUAAGCUUGAUCUCAUCAGGAUUGGUUCAUCGUGUAGCAACAACAACCUGUUUUUUGUUUUCCAUGGUAACACUCUAUUACAUGAAUCGAAUAUCUCAAGAAACUUAUGCCGUACCAAUACCAGCAAUGUCGAUGCAUUCAAAGAAAAGAAAGUAAACGCAAAUUCUGCAUCCUCAACACCGUAAGAAGCCAAGUAAGGAUCAUUUAUUUUUAAGUACAGCACACCAUCGAUAUCCAGUGUCAC